GGUCCUCGGCGGAACCGGCGGGCGGGGAGCGCUGCCUCCCGCCGUGCUGCCGGUCCAGCGGCGGCCCUGGGGCGGUAGGCGUUGGGAGGGGACCGGUGCCCGGCCUCACCUUUUUCGUGCUCCUCGGCGGUUGGGCUUCACCCCGUCUUUUCCUAUGGCUGGGAUAUACAGCUCUACUCUGAAGACCCUGGAGGAUUUGACUUUGGACUCUGGUUAUGGGGCAGGGGAUUCCUGCAGGUCCCUUAGUCUCUCUUCUUCCAAGUCCAACUCGCAAGCUUUCACCUCUUCUCAGCACAGAGGCAACUGGUGGUACUACUCGGGCUCCAUGAACAGUAGGAACAACAGCUGGGAUACCGUGAACACUGUCCUGCCAGAAGAUCCCGAGGUUGCAGAUAUCUUCUCCAAGUGUCCUAAGCUGCCGGAUCUAGAGGAAUACCCUUGGACUGAUGAAGACAUGGGAAAAAUACUCCGAAAAGGGAAAGGAGAUGGCCACGCCAGAGCCUUUUCUCAGGAAGCCGUCAGGCGGCUCUCGCAGCUCCUCAGGCGCGCCUUGAUCAGGGUCUCCAGGGAAGCUCAGCGCCUCAGCGUGAUGCACUCCAAGUGCACCCGGUUUGAGGUGCAGAGCGCGAUCAAGCUCAUCCAGAGCUGGUCCUUGUCGGAAAGCUGCGUCUUGGCCACUGUCAAGGCUCUGUCUCUGUACAGCAUGAGUGCCGGGGACGGGCUGAGGAAAGGUAAAUCGGCGAGGUGCGGCCUCACCUUCUCCGUGGGGAGGUUUUUCAGGUGGAUGGUGGACACGAGGAUCUCAGUUAGGAUCCACGAGUAUGCAGCCAUCUCUUUAACCGCUUGCAUGGAGAACCUCGUAGAAGAGAUUAAGGGUAGGGUUUUGGCAAGUCAGAGCCCGGAUGGCGGAGGAGGGGAGAUCUCUGCUGAAAUCCUGGAGAUGGUUAUCAACAACGAUGCCGAACUUUGGGGAGUAUUGCAACCUUAUGAGCAUCUCAUCUGUGGGAAAAAUGCCAAUGGUGUGCUGUCCCUGCCUGCCUACUUCAGCCCAUACAACGAUGGCUCCAUGUGCAGUGAUGGUCGGGCUGAUGCUUAUGCCCAGCUGGAGCUCCGAACUCUAGAGCAGUCUCUGUUGGCAACGUGCGUUGGAAGCAUCUCAGAACUGAGUGACCUGGUGUCACGAGCGAUGCACCACAUGCAGUGCUUGAACACCAUCCGCCCAGGAAUGAGCCCCAUUCGGCAAACCCGGCAGCAACAACCCAUCUCCUGGUCCCCUGAUGCUCUCCACACCCUCUACUACUUCCUACGCUGUCCUCAGAUGGAGUCUAUGGAGAACCCCAACCUUGACCCUCCAAGAAUGACCCUGAACAACGAACGACCCUUCAUGCUCCUGCCUCCCCUGAUGGAGUGGAUGAGAGUGGCCAUCACCUACGCUGAGCACCGGCGCAGCCUGACUGUGGACAGCGAUGACAUCAGGCAGACUGCCAGGCUGCUCCUCCCAGGGCUGGACUGCGAGCCCCGGCAGCUCAAACCCGAAUGCUGCUUUAGUUCCUUCAGGAGGCUGGAUGCUAAGGCUGCUACUGAAAAAUUCCAGCAGGAUCUGGGCUUCAGAAUGCUCAACUGUGGAAGGACAGAUCUGAUCAACCAAGCCAUCGACGUGCUGGGACCUGAGGGGGUUAACACCAUGGAUGAUCAGGGUAUGACCCCACUUAUGUAUGCCUGUGCUGCUGGAGAUGAAGCCAUGGUCCAAAUGCUUAUAGAUGCUGGAGCAAAUUUAGAUAUACCAGUUCCCAGUACCUCUCCGCGAUACCCAUCAGUCCAUCCCGACAGCCGGCACUGGACCGCUCUCACCUUUGCUGUGCUCCACGGGCACAUCUCUGUUGUUCAGCUGCUCUUGGAUGCUGGUGCCCACGUUGAGGGCUCUGCUGUUAACACUGGAGAAGACAACUACGCCGAGACCCCUCUCCAGCUGGCCUCAGCAGCAGGGAACUACGAGCUGGUCAGCUUACUGCUGAGCAGGGGUGCAGAUCCACUCCUGAGUAUGCUGGAAGUCAAUGGGAUGUCUUCUUCACUUCAUGAGGAUAUGAAUUGCUUCAGCCACUCAGCUGCACAUGGGCACAGGAACGUUCUGCGCAAGCUCCUGACCCAGCCCCAGCAGCUGAAGGGAGAUGUCCUCUCACUGGAGGAGAUUUUAGCUGAGGGGGUGGAGAGUGACACCUCCAGCCAGGGCAGCUCCAGCGAGGGGCAGGUCAGGCUGUGCAAAACACGAAUGAAAGCUCUGCAGGAGGCCAUGUACUACAGCGCGGAGCACGGCUACGUAGACAUCACCAUGGAGCUCAGGGCCCUUGGAGUCCCUUGGAAGCUCCACGUGUGGAUCGAGUCGCUGAGGACGACCUUCUACCAGUCCCGUUACUCCGUCGUGCAGACCCUCCUACGGGAAUUUGUCACCAUCAAGGAGGAGGACUAUAAUGAAGAACUGGUUAAUGAAGGGCUGCAGCUCAUGUUUGACAUCCUCAAAACCAGCAAAAAUGAUUCCAUCAACCAGCAGCUUGCAUCCAUCUUCACCCACUGCUACGGCAGCAGCCCCAUCCCCAGCAUUCCCGAGAUCCGAAAGACACUGCCAGCCCGCCUGGAUCCUCACUUUCUAAACAAUAAAGAAAUGUCCGAUGUCACUUUCUUAGUGGAAGGAAAGCUAUUUUAUGCACACAAAGUCCUGCUGGUUACUGCAUCUAACAGGUUUAAGACCCUGAUGACCAAUAAAACAGAGCACGACAGCCACGGCAGCAAGACUGUUGAAAUCAGUGACAUGAAAUACAAUAUUUUCAAGAUGCUGAUGCAGUAUUUAUACUAUGGAGGAACGGAAUCCAUGGAAAUUCCCACCACUGAUAUCUUAGAGCUGCUGUCAGCUGCCAGCCUGUUCCAACUGGAUGGUCUCCAGAGACACUGUGAAAUCCUCUGUGCCCAGACGAUCAGCAUGGAGAACUCUGUUAACAUCUAUAAAUAUGCAAAGAUUCACAACGCACCCGAACUAGCCUCCUUCUGUGAAGGCUUCUUCCUCAAACACAUGAGCUCCCUUCUGGAGCAGGACUCCUUCAGACAGCUGAUCUACAGCAGGAACAGCAAGGUGCAAGGCCUGGAGCCCCUGCGGGACCUGCAGACAGCGCUGGCCGCCCGCCUGCACUCCGUGUAUGUCACCUCCCGGGUGUGAGGCGGGACGGAGGAGCCGCAGGAGCGGUGGGUGGAGCGGCAGGGGCCGCGUCCCCGGGAAAAGCUGCGACUUUCCCGUUCGCCUUCUGCAUCUUGCCGAAAGGCCCCUACCACACACACCCCCCCAGGCGAGGGUGCUGUGCCUCGUCCCACCGACGGGGGAAGAGGGGAGCUGGCUUCUCUGUGCUGCUACUGUCACAGAAACACCGUCAACGGCACAAACCAGAACUGAGGAUGCAAGCCAAGAGAAAAUCCGUGCUGGCAUUGAAAGAGGAACAGGGCAGGGCUGCAGAGAACGAGGCACUGCACCCAGAGCCAGCACCAAACGUGUACUCCUCAGUGUCUGUCCACACAUCGAAAUGGCCACCCAGUUGAUACACCCAUAGAUGUUUUCCUUGUAACAAAAACAAAAAAAAAAGGCUGCAUAGAGGGAGUUUUCUAACCCUAAGGACACUGCCCACUCAGAGUCACCUGUCAGAACACACAGGCUGGGGUACACACCUGCCUUGCUGGAGCCAUGAACACCAGUGUCUCUACGUGGCAACAGGCUCUGACAUAAAUUUCCCCCCCCCAACUGUUUGCACCUUGAGAGAAAGAUGUUCUGUAGAUGUUCAAAGCUGAGUAGAAACUAAUACUAACUCUGAAAUUACUCGUUCUUUAAAGCUGGUAAGAAGAACAAAGCUGGGGCAGGCAGGGGAGAAUGGGUUUUCUGUAUUUUUUCAAUACAGCUUCACUGUGCUAGUUGUUUAUCAAGAAUCCAUUUUGAGGAGGGGGAUAAAAAGGGUGUCUGUCCUCCCCCUAUCAAGGUUAGAUAGUCCCAAUCACUUUUACCUUAAAAACCUGUUUCUGAACAUUAUCUGUGAGACCUGACACCAUAAAAGAUGCUUUCUAAAAGACUCAGGUGUAGUAGGAGCUAGCACUAUGCUGAAAAACUGUCCAAAAGCAGAAAUAGCAAUAAAAGUCUCCGUAAAAUUCUGAGAAACACAUAGCUUGAUGGUUUGUUCUCUCUCUGGAGCUCGUUGGGAUUAGAAGCUCUGGCUUCUAGUCUCUGCUUCCACGGCCUCAUCCAUGGAAUGCUAUUGUCUCCACAGAUGCUACCUCAGGAGGGACUGGGCACAGUGCACAGGGGGCUGGGGCCCACAGGCUGGUGGCUGCAGUCUGACCUUGGGGCAGCAGCACUGGAACAAGGUGCCUCAACUUGAAUGCCCAAGAUUUUUCCUUUGUUCACCCCAGACAGAUGUUUCUGGCCCAAAAAAGACUCAUUCUAGGCCACCUUCUAGCUGACUUAGGAGAACUAAGAGGAGACAGGCCAAGCAGCAGUUCUGAGUCUGAAGCAAAUGUUUUUGUGAGUGGGGUUUUAAAAAGUUUGUCAAUAAUCCCACCCAUGGGAAGGCAGUUAGUUGUGUGAAAAUACAGACCUUGCUCAUUUAUCAACAGUUUUAAGGAAAAACCUUUAGAUAACCCCACUGACCUUUGUCAGCACCCACAAAAAGCAUUUGCUGAGACACUUCCAUAGGUGGGUGGAGGAGAAGAGGAAGCCAGGUUUUCAGUGGAGAACUGCUGCUUCUUAGAAAGUCAACAAUUAAGAUGAUAACUGAACACACUGGAAGAAGGAGGCUCAGCUGGGCCCAAAGUGUAACAUAAAUAUGGUUUAGUAGAUGAAGGAGAAGGAACUACAGCAUCUCCCAACAACUCCAUCAAAAUCUGGCAUCACUUCAUUCCUAAAGGAUUUACAUGGGAUGCAAAUUGCAUGCAAGGCUAAGGAUGAUUAGGUUCAGUGAGCUGACAGACAAGUUGGUCAGGACACUCUCCAUUUUGUUCUUUAGGUGCACCUCCACUUUUGAAGAUCACCAGCCUCAAUAACCCUAUUUAUUCUCAGAAAGCCAUCCAGGUGUUUCCAAAUUAUCACCCAACUGCCUGAAAAAAAUCCCACAAAAGGCUUUAUCUUGGAAAAGUAUUUUCAAGUAGCUGCUCCAGCUAUCUGUACAAAUAUGUAGGUCCUCAUUUGUUGCUGUAAUAUUACCAUGCUUUGUUAAUUGUACAUUCAUGUUGUCAUCUAUGUAAAUGUACCAGGAUUUUAUUAACAACGUAAUUUUAAAAUCUA